CCAUCAUCCUUUACCAUUCCAUUAUUCUCCAUUUCCUUUGCUCUGCUUCUGUUCGUAUUUCUUUUGUGGGUUUUGGUAGUGAAACGUUUUCACUACCACGGGUAGAUAGGAGAUUUCCUUGUGAGUGAAAUAGUGAGGUUGUUCCGGGAAACACCGAGUGUUCUAUUUUCUUGUAUCUUGAAAAUCUCUGUAACCUACUGUUGCAAUAGUGAAGAAAUACUCUGGAGCUGUUGUUCCCGUGGACUGGCCCAAAAUCAGGGUAUACCACGUAAAUCCUCUGUGCCAUUUAUUAUUGUCUAUGCUUGUUGUCAUUUUGAGAAUAGUCGUAGUAUAUUGCGUUAUUAAAUUACCGAAGUAAAUUGAUCUAAGUAAGUUGGUUACCGUAAUUCUGGAGGCUCUGCCACCAGGUCCAACUUACCUGUGAACUUUUUACAAGCGUGUGAUUUUUUAAUCCAAUAUAUUUACCUGCUAUUCUCACCCGCUGCGCCCAACAAGUGGUAUCAGAGCCACGUCCAAUGGAGGCAAAAACAAGCAAGAUGAUAAGUCUGAAUGACUCCAACUAUCACAUAUGGAGAAACAAGAUGAAGGAUCUCCUACUCGUGACGGAGUUGCAUUUGCCGGUGUUUAGCCCAACUAAACCUGAUGGCAAAACUGAAGAGGAAUGGGAGUUCAAGCAUGAGCAAGUAUGUGGCUACAUUCGACAGUUCGUCGACGAUAAUGUAUACAACCACAUUAGCGGAGAAACUCAUGCCAGAACUCUGUGGAACAAGGUGGAGGCACUUUAUGCAUCAAAGACCGGCAACAACAAAUUAUUUUAUCUGACCAAGUUGGUCCAGAUGAAAUACAAGGAAGGCAAAUCCUUGGCGGAUCACUUGAACGAAAUUCAAGGGAUCGUGGAUCAGUUGUCCGGUAUGGGCAUAAAGAUGGAAGAUGAGGUGGUCGCUCUCCUCGUUCUGGCUUCCCUUCCAGAAUCUUGGGAGACGCUAAAAAUUUCACUUACCAACUCUGCGAAAGAUGGAGUUAUAAACAUGGAGAUUGUCAAAAGCGGAGUCCUGAACGAAGAGAUGCGAAAAAGAUCACAAGGUGCAUCCUCAUCAUCUUCCCAGUCAGACCUUCUGACAGUGGAUUCCAGAAGCAAAGGAAGAAGUGAAGCUAGAGGCUCGAAGCAAAGAGGCAAGAGUCGAGGGAAGUCCAACAAGUUUGCCAACAUCCUUUGUCAUCACUGCAAGGAGAAGGGCCACAUCAGAAGAUUUUGCCCAAAGUUCAGAAAUGAGAGAAAGAAGGGCAAACGAGAUGAGAACAGUGAUGAUGAUGGUGCAAACUCUGUAGAUGAGUUCAAUAUUGUCUACGAGGAAGAUGUUGUCAACCUGACAACCCAGGAGACAAGCUGGGUGGUUGAUAGUGGUGCUACCAUCCACGUGACGUCCAAGAGAGAUUUUUUCUCAUCUUACACACCAGGUGACUUUGGCGUGGUAAGAAUGGGAAAUGGUAAUCUUUCCAAAGUUAUCGGAAAAGGAGAAGUCUGCUUGGAGACGAUGAAUGGUACGAAGCUACUGCUGAAGGAUGUCAGGCAUGUUCCAGAAAUGCGCCUAAAUCUCAUCUCUGUAGACAAGUUGGAUGAGGAAGGUUACUGCAACACCUUCCACAAUGGCCAGUGGAAACUCACCAGAGGCUCCUUGGUGUUGGCCAAGGGCAAGAAGCUGUCAAAGCUGUAUGUGACAGAAGCCAAGAUCUCCCCAGAGAUUGUCAACUCAGCGGAGAAUGGUGACACAAUUGAAUUGUGGCACAAACGGCUCGGUCACAUGAGUGAGAAGUCCAUGGCAAAGUUGGCCCAGAAAAAAGUCAUAGUUGGGUUGGAUCAUGUUCAUCUAAAGAAGUGUGUCGAUUGCCUUGCGGGAAAGCAAAACCGAGUUGCUUUCAAAAGUUCCAUCCCUUCAAGAGCAAAGAACGUGUUGGAUCUAGUUCACUCAGAUCUCUGUGAACCCGAUGUCAAUGUCAAAUCACUUGGAGGUGCCAGAUAUUUCGUGACAUUCAUUGAUGACCAUUCACGGAAGACUUGGGUGUAUACCUUGAAGACCAAGGAUCAGGCCCUAGACGUUUUCAAACAAUUCCUGGCCCUGGUGGAGAGGGAAACUGGCAAGAAGCUGAAGUGCAUCCGGAUUGACAAUGGUGGAGAGUACAAAGGUCCGUUUGCUACCUUCUGCAAGGAACACGGAAUUCGGCAGCAAUUCACACCACCAAAGACGCCGCAAUUGAAUGGGCUAGCUAAAAGGAUGAAUAGGACCCUGCUAGAGAGAGUCAGGUGCUUGUUAUCACACUCGAAGCUACCACAAUCUUUCUGGGGGGAGGCACUGCUUGCAGCAUUUUAUGUGUGGAACAGGUCACCCAGUGUGCCACUGAAGUAUGACUCUCCAGAGAAGGUGUGGACAGGAAAAGAAGUUUCCUACAAACAUUUGCGGGUGUUUGGUUGCAAGGCCUUUGUCCAUAUUCCAAAGGAUGAAAGGUCAAAGUUGGAUUCAAAGACGCGACCGUGCGUAUUCAUUGGCUAUGGUCAAAAUGAGUUUGGCUAUAGAUUCUUUGAUCCAAUCCAGAAGAAGCUUAUCAGAAGCCGUGAUGCUGUGUUCAUCGAAAAUGAGACCAUCGAAGAUGUUGUUGCUAGGAAAGAAGUUCCUAGUACUGAUGCUAGUCAACCAAGCCUUGGGCUAGUACCUCCAACGCCGGCGCUUACAGAAGUUGGAGAAGAAGCACAACAUGAUCAGCCUGAGAUAGUUGAACAAGAUGCUCAUGUGGAGGUUCAACCAGAAGAUGCUGAUGACGAUGGUCAACCACCAGCCAUUGAGGGUUCUCCUGUUCAAAUGACGAGAUUUGGUAGGGUCACACGACGCUCUAGCAGAUAUCCUGAGACUGAAUACGUGUCACUUACUGACGGGGGAGAACCAGAAAGUUUCACAGAAGCUAUGAAUGAUGAACACAAGCAAAGGUGGAUAGAAGCCAUGCAAGACGAGAUGGAUUCCUUGUAUGAGAACAAGACAUUUGAGCUGGUGAAAUUGCCCAAAGGCAAGAGAGCUUUGAAGAACAAGUGGGUGUUCAAGAUUAAACAUGAUGAACACAACCGUCAGCCACGCCUCAAAGCCAGACUAGUUGUGAAAGGCUUCAGUCAAAGGAAAGGCAUUGACUUUGACGAGAUAUUUUCACCUGUGGUAAAGAUGACAUCCAUUCGUACUGUGUUGGGACUAGCAGCAAGUCUUAACCUGGAGGUUGAACAAAUGGAUGUGAAAACUGCUUUCCUUCAUGGUGAUUUGGAGGAAGAGAUUUACAUGGAGCAACAAGAAGGCUUCAAGAAGGAGAAAAAGGAGGACUAUGUGUGCAGGCUCCGUAAGAGCUUGUAUGGCUUGAAGCAGGCACCAAGACAGUGGUAUAAGAAGUUUGAGUCUGUUAUGGGGGAGCAAGGCUACAUGAAGACUACUUCAGACCACUGCGUGUUCGUGAAGAAAUUUCCUGAUGGAGAUUUCAUCAUACUUUUGCUCUAUGUGGAUGAUAUGCUAAUUGCUGGGCAAAACGUCUCAAAGAUCAAUGAUUUAAAGAAGGAGUUGAGCAAGUCUUUUGCCAUGAAAGACUUGGGACCAGCAAAGCAAAUUCUUGGCGUGAGGAUCGUUCGGGAUCGAGGUGUUAAGAAAAUAUGGUUGUCACAAGAGAAGUACAUUGAGAAAGUACUUCAACGUUUCAACAUGGAUAAUGCUAAGGCGGUUAGCUGUCCUCUUGCUAACCACUUUACAUUGACAUCCAAACAGAGCCCGUCUACUGAGAAGGAAAAGGCGGAGAUGGAUAAAAUUCCAUAUGCUUCGGCAGUGGGAAGUUUGAUGUACGCCAUGGUGUGUACAAGGCCAGAUAUUGCUCAUGCAGUUGGAGUUGUCAGUCGGUUUCUUUCCAAACCAGGAAAGGAACAUUGGGAAGCUGUGAAGUGGAUCCUCAGAUACCUUCGAGGUAGCUCCAAAAUGAGUCUAUGUUUUGGAGAUGGUGAACCUGUCCUUGUUGGCUAUACAGAUGCUGACAUGGCAGGUGAUGUUGAUUCGAUGAGGUCCACUUCUGGGUACCUGAUUACCUUAUCAGGGGGAGCAAUAUCGUGACAGUCAAGGCUACAAAAGUGUGUAGCUCUGUCCACAACAGAAGCUGAGUAUAUAGCAGUAACGGAAGCAUGCAAGGAGAUGAUAUGGAUGAAGAAGUUCCUGAAUGAACUUGGGUUCCAACAGGAACGACCGCAGUUGUUCUGUGAUAGUUAGAGUGCUAUUCAUCUUGCGAAGAAUGCUUCAUUUCAUGCUCGGUCAAAACAUAUCGACGUUAGAUAUCAUUGGAUUCGAGAUGUGCUUGAAAUGAAGCAGUUACAACUAGAGAAGAUCCAUACUGACGAAAAUGGAUCUGACAUGUGUACCAAGACUCUUCCAAGAGAAAAGUUUGAGUUCUGUCGAUCAGCUGCAGGGAUGACGACAUCGCCCAUGUAGUCGGACAGGGGAGAAUUAUUGGGCCCGACUCAUGUGGCAGGGGAAUGGCCAACAAGGUUGGCGGUGGUAUUUGUGAAAAGAAAAAAAAAUUAAAUAGAUAAUGCAGAAGUGUAAGCUGCAGUUGGGGAGGUGAGUGAGCAGGUGGGAAUUAAUUUCCCUUUGUCUCCAUUAGCCUAUAAAAGGCAGAGGCAGUAGCCUCAUUUCCAUCAUCCUUCACCAUUCCAUUAUUCUCCAUUUCCUUUGCUCUGCUUCUGUUCGUAUUUCUUUUGUGGAUUUUGGUAGUGAAACGUUUUCACUACCACGGGUAGAUAGGAGAUUUCCUUGUGAGUGAAAUAGUGAGGUUGUUCCGGGAAACACCGAGUGUUCUAUUUCCUUGUAUCUUGAAAAUCUCUGUAACCUACUGUUGCAAUAGUGAAGAAAUACUCUGGAGCUGUUGUUCCCGUGGACUGGCCCAAAAUCAGGGUAUACCACGUAAAUCCUCUGUGCCAUUUAUUAUUGUCUAUGCUUGUUGUCAUUUUGAGAAUAGUCGUAGUAUAUUGCGUUAUUAAAUUACCGAAGUAAAUUGAUCUAAGUAAGUUGGUUACCGUAAUUCUGGAGGCUCUGCCACCAGGUCCAACUUACCUGUGAACUUUUUACAAGCGUGUGAUUUUUUAAUCCAAUAUAUUUACCUGCUAUUCUCACCCGCUGCGCCCAACAACAACAUGCAUGCCCGAAACUUACCGGAUCUAGAUUCUAGAAUUCAGAUCCCGUCUCUCCUCUCGCCGGCGGCUUCCAUCUUCCGACCUCCUCAUCGUCGCUAUUCUGAUCCCCCUGAGAAAGAUCGAAGGAGCUGUGGGAAGAUCGACGGCGGGAUGAAAUCUUCCUUUGUCGACCUGAAGCUGAAGUGAUGGAGGGAAUGGAGCUGGAAAUCAUCCUGGGCCGGAGAGCUUGAGGGAUUGGAUUCAUGAGAUAGAGAGAGGAAGAGAGAGGGUCGGAGAAAUCGGAGAAGGAAGAUGGAAAGGCAGAAAGAUAGAGGAAGUAGAUGAUACGUUGUGGAUUUGGUUGUCUGGUUAAUUUUGUCAAGAAGGAAAUUAGUGAGAGAGAGAAGGAAGAAUGAAAUGGGGAGGAAAGG